AUGGCCGACUCGAGCUGUGGGUCUGGCUCGUCCUACAACGGCAACCUGGACCUGCGAGUGGGAGGGCUCUUUCUCAUCCUCGGGACAAGCGCAAUCGGGACACUCUUUCCUAUCCUCUGCCGAAGAAGCCGGCUACGGAUAUCCGAGCAUGUCUACACAGCGUUCAAGUUUUUCGGCAGCGGAGUCAUCAUUGCGACGGCCUUCAUCCAUCUCCUUGCACCUGCCUUCCAAGCCCUCGGCUCCGACUGCCUCCACGGCGCCUGGAAAGACUACGAAUGGGCACCCGCCAUCGCCAUGAUCGCCGUCUUCGGCAUCUUCCUCGUCGAGCUCGUCGCAACUCGCACAGGCGCGUCGUACCUCAAGCGACGAGGACUGCGGCAUCAUGAUCCGCAUCAUGUGAGAGGCAACGAGGUCGGUCAUACGGGUCAUGGGACGCAUCCGCCGGCGGAUACGACCACGACUGCGUUGGCGAGUUCCGGGACGUCGGUCACUCAGGUGGAGGGUGCGGCGGCUGCGGUGGAGGCCAACGAGGUGGAUCUCGAGGCGGGAGAAGCCAAGGCCAACCAGCGGCACGACCACGGCGUCCUGGAGGAGGACGACGACCUGCACGAGAGCGCGGUCGCGCAGUGCAUCGGCGUCGGCAUCCUCGAAAUCGGCGUAAUCUUCCACUCGUUCAUCAUCGGCCUCACUCUCGCCGUCAGCAACAACCUCGGACCGCUCCUCGCCGUCCUCACCUUCCACCAGACCUUCGAAGGGAUCGGUCUAGGGUCCAGGUUGUCGUCCCUCCCGCUUCCGCAUCGCCUCAAUUGGGUGCCGAUCGUCGCGGCGGUUGUGUACAGCUGCACGACGCCGCUCGGUAUCGCCGUCGGACUCGGCGUGCGAGAAACCUACAACCCCGACUCGGCAGCCGCGAGCAUCGUCAGCGGUAUUCUCGACGCUAGCAGUGCCGGUAUCCUCCUCUGGGCAGGACUCGUCGAAUGCCUGGCGCACGACCUUGUCUUCGACCGCAAAAUGGCGGAAGCGCCACCUCGCGAGGUCGCUGUUGCCGUCUUCUGGGUCUUCCUUGGAGCGGGCCUCAUGGCUCUCCUCGGUCGCUGGGCUUGA